UGGUUGCUGAAGCUAGUUGGCUAACAAGCAGCCCAGUUAAAGUUCCUCGGAUAGGGUGAAGAUGGCUCAUUCACCGGUGGGUGUUCAAGUUCCUGGAAUGCAGAAUCCUCGGGCCGAUCCGGAGGAGCUGUUUACUAAACUGGAGCGCAUUGGGAAGGGAUCAUUUGGUGAGGUGUUCAAGGGCAUCGAUCGAAGAACACAAAAUGUGGUGGCCAUCAAAACAAUCGACCUGGAAGAGGCUGAGGAUGAGAUUGAGGACAUCCAGCAAGAGAUCACUGUCCUGAGUCAGUGCGACAGUCCACAUGUCACCAAGUACUAUGGCUCCUAUCUGAAGGGCAGUAAGCUUUGGAUCAUAAUGGAAUAUCUUGGGGGAGGAUCUGCUCUGGAUCUGCUACGAGCCGGGCCAUUUGACGAAUACCAGAUAGCCACCAUGCUAAAGGAGAUUCUAAAAGGCCUGGACUACCUUCACUCAGAGAAAAAGAUUCAUAGGGACAUCAAAGCUGCCAACGUACUGCUGUCUGAGUCUGGUGAGGUAAAGCUGGCAGACUUUGGUGUAGCUGGGCAGCUUACAGACACGCAAAUCAAAAGAGAUACAUUUGUGGGAACACCUUUUUGGAUGGCUCCAGAGGUUAUUCAGCAGUCUGCUUAUGAUUCAAAGGCUGAUAUUUGGUCUCUGGGAAUCACAGCUAUUGAGCUGGCCAAAGGAGAACCACCCAACUCUGACAUGCAUCCUAUGAGAGUUCUCUUCCAUAUCCCAAAGAAUACACCCCCCAGCCUUAAUGGUGACUUCUCCAAGUCAUUCAAGGAAUUUGUGGACUCCUGUUUGAACAAAGACCCUACAUUUAGGCCAACUGCAAAGGAAUUACUGAAACACAAGUUCAUACUAAAAAAUGCCAAGAAGACAUCCUACCUCACAGAGCUGAUAGACAGGCUGAAACGCUGGAAAGCUGAGGGCCACAGUGAUGGAGAAUCCAGUUCAGACUCUGACUCGGAGACCAACAGUAGAGACAGUGACUCGUCCCCCGAAUGGUCCUUCACCACAGUCCGCAAGAAACAUAAGCAGUCCAAUGGAAUGGACUCUGAGGUACAAAAGAAGUCAGCCAGUCUGGCCACAGUCAUAAGUCCUGUAUUUGCUGAGCUCAAGCUGCAGCACAGGAAGGGUGUGAUCGAAGAGCUGGAGAAUAGUGUGCAUGCUGCUGAGGAUCUCUGCCCAGGACUAACGGACAAGAUGAUCACUCAUAUCCUAGAGCGGAUUCAGAGGUUUUCUGCGAGUUAGUUUGGUGUGGAAUUAAAGCUCACAUGAGACUAAGAAACUGAAUGACUGAACAGUUCAUCAAGUUUCUACAGUCUCAGCUCUUACUGUUCACUGAACAUGAACACACGCAAGCACACACUCACACUCUCCUUCUAAAAACACGGGGCAGAAGGGACUCAGGUUGCACACACUAUACCAUAACCAAAAGGAAUGACCCCCUUUUACAAAGGAGAAAUAUUUAUAUGAUUUUGCCAUGUGCCUUUAUUCUAUCUUAAGCUGGUGCGCAGUAAUGUUUGUUACUGUUAAGCUAUUGUACUGUUGUAUUGACAUCCUGCAACAUAAAAAUCCUUAGAGGUUUCUCCUGAGUAUUGGACAUUAGAUUUAUGAAAAGUUGGCGCGUUCUUACCAAACCUAAAUAUGCCAUUUCCUGUUGAUUUUAAUGCACAAGUUUUAUUUAUUUGCUGAAUUUAGCAAAGUUGAAAAAAAUAAAUAAAUAACAUCAAAUGUGCCAUAAUUUGUGCACAUGCCUUAAUUUAGGACAAAGUCAGCAAAUAAACAGUGAUAAAUGCAUUAAAUUAUGCAGAAGUGUUUUGUUGCAGAUGAUUGUCAACUCAUUUCCUUUUAAAAAGCCAGCAAAACAUCAUUUGACCUAGGGUGUCCAAACUUUUGCUUAAGAUGUGUGUGUGUGUGUAUGGACCCGAAUGCAAUACUUUAUUUUAAGCUUAUAUCAGUAAUAUUUAUGUGUGGGAGGUUAAUGAUUUAAACUUUUUUUAUUUCUCGAGAUUUUCUGUUGUAGGCUUUAUACACUGUUACUUGUAGCAUUACAGAACUGCUGUAUGGAAUAAUCUUCAUAUCACAUCAAAGAAAAUACCAAAAAUACCUCAGAUAGAGCAACGGAUAGAAGGCAAAAAGUAAUCCAAGACUGGUUUAAUGGUUUAAUUUAUAUAUAUUUUAGUUAUGGUAGAGGGCUUUUGCAGUGCAAAACAUCCUCUCAAUUCUGACAUUUAAGAUUAAAUAUUAUGUUUCCUUAAGAUACAUUAAAUAUAUUUUUUUAUCUGAAAUUGGCAAUAUGCUUAAAGUCUUUGAAACCCUGACACAACCAGUGUCGCUAAAUAUUUUAUGCCUUGUUUGUGUGGUAAAGGUAAAACUUUUAAGAGCUGUAGGUGAUUUAUACUGUACUGAAGGAAAUGCACUGCACACACUUUGUAUUUGGUGAGACAAUUUUAUAAACACACAUUCCACGUCCCUCAAUUAGAUGUAAUAGAGAAGGUUUACCCCAGUAGUGGGGCGCUAACAUUUAUAUAGGAGUCCCACAGUAACCGUUUACUCACAACAGAUUAUGUCCUAGAGAGAGGUGAGCUUUCUGUAAGCAACGCAUAGGAAUUAGUACAGACUUUAAAGUUUUUAAAACUUCUUUGGAUGUUCACUUUUUGUUCGUUCUUAACUAACAUCAUAGAAGGUUUCCUACAGAGGGAACUUUUCCUGCCAAGUUUUUUUAGUACUCAAGGGUGCCAUCACUGGUAUAGUGGUGAGGUAAUCAGCGCGCCUGUUGGUUUGGAAAAUGAUGCCAACAUUACAGCCAUCGUGCCUAAACUUCACUUUUCUACAUAUAUGUAAAUUGUUUUCUAUUCUAUAAGUGCAAGGCUUUAAAGGAUGUCACACAUAGAUGGUCUGAGAUUUAAGAGCAAUAUGGUGUUUGGUAGGAUUUUGUAUUUCUUUAUGGAUGUUGAUUUUGUAAAUGUUCUGUCUUCAAGCUUUUGUAAAUGUUUGACAUUGCUGCAUAGGUAUCUGUCAAAGCUGUAUUAUAUAUUCUAUAUCUAAAAGCCUUUUUCUUUUCCUGUAAAUGUCACAAACUGCCUUUUGGUUUGGAUUGACGAAUAAAGAUGUAAAUUAUGAUGAUA